AUGGGCCAAGUCAAUAGCUGUGAAUGCGCUUAUCACUGUCUCCGAACUGAGCACUCGGAAGAAGGUUAUUGCGCUCUCUGCGAGAAGAGGUUUUCAAACCUGCGAGGUAAGGAUCGAGAAAUCCUCAAGCCGGAUGAAAAGUUGGUGUUCAAGAGCAAAUUGGACGAUCAUAUUGCUAUGGAUGUUGGAGAUUCAGAACCCACAUCUCCAGCAUGUAUCGCCGAGUCAUCUCAAGGUGCUCUACGGAGACUCGAUUCGUCUCAUUUCAGCGCAAAUCCGGACGCCAUAUAUCGAUGCUUUCACUGCGCGAAGUUCUUUUAUUCGGCGCAAGAACUACUGACUCAUGUAUCCAGGUCCGCAGGAGAUGGGCUGAGGGCACAUUGGAGCAGUCCAACUGAGACUGAUGGCUUCUGUGGUAUCUGCAGACGCUCAUAUUCACACGGUGUUUCCUAUCAUACAAAUUCUGCGAUAUUGCACAUCCAACGGCCCGAGAUAUCAUCGAGAGACAUUGAGAUUGAGCGAGCUUGCGACUGUUGCGUGCGUUGUGGGAUUUAUUUCACAUCAGGGAAUCAGAAACGCAAGCAUUUCCGAGAUAUCGAACACCAUAUCAUGCACAUGCAGCAAAUAGGGGAAGAUCCUGAGAUAGAAGCAUUUAAAACCAGUUUGGCCGCGUUCACCGCUUACUCACUGGGCUUUGAUGAGUGCGAUACCCUGGACGAUUCCGAUUACUCUUCCGCGGGUCUCUUCCCUUUACCUCCUUCAACGCUUCCGACUCCACCUAAGAUUAUAUCACAGAGACGGCCUGAUCCGCUUGCAUCGACGAGUACACCCGCAAUCGUAUCACUCAGAUCAGCGUACGCACCCGAGCUACGUGUCGACCCAACUAAGGCAUCAUUGAUAGCGGCAGCGGCUCAACUCCACCAGACGAAACACAGUAAGUCAAGCGCUAUUCGGCGAAACCCAGGGCACGUCCGCGACAAACAGAGAGUAACGGUAUCUGAACUGUUUGAAUGUCCACUGUGUCUCGAGAAUGAGACGGACAUCGCCUCGUUGCCGUGUGGACAUGUAUAUGGCAUUUCAUGCAUUAUCAAGACUCUCGAAUCGGACCCUCGUUGCCCGCUCUGUCGUAGACCAACUGAGCGAAAAAUGAUUCGUAGAGUGUCGCCCCAUGCGAGUCAUUAG